GUUCAAUGACGCGCCGACACUCAUCACCGACAUCAUGGGUCACUUUUUGCCCUUGGUAGCUACGCACCUCGAACAGUGGCAAGCUCUAUUUCCGCUCCGAAACAUGACGAGUUGCAUUUAAUUUUGCAAGGGCAUUCUUGCACCCAUUCAUUUAUGCCUUCUGCAAGAUUUGAUGUGCAGACAGAUUUAUGGAAACGUAGUGACCCGGGAGUCGGCACGUCGACUCAGAAUGGUGCGUCGCGAUGACGGUGAACAGAGCGUGUCGCUGCUGGGCGGCCGCCGGUCACCGAGGGAGUACAGCGAGCACCAGCGUCUGCUGGAGACGGAGCUGAGCCGCGAGUCGGCCGGCUACGGCGCCGUGAAGCCACUGUCGCCACUGCCCACCGGCGGCGUCACGCUCACAUGGCACGAUGUAAACGUCUACGUGCCCGACAAGAAGAACAGCAGCGUCUUCAGCAGCUGCCAGUCGGAGGCGCCCAAACUGAAACGGGUGCUCAACAAUGUGUACGGCGCCGUGCUGGCCGGUAACCUGGUGGCCGUCAUGGGAUCCAGCGGGAGCGGCAAGUCCACGCUGAUGACGACUCUGGCGCAGCGCAACCCCGGGGAGGUGAUGGUGGACGCCGACAUCCAGUACAACGGACAGCCGGCCACCAAGCAGAUGCGCAGCAUGGCCGGCUUCGUCUACCAGGACGACAUGUUCGUCGGAUCGCUCACCGUCCGAGAGCACCUCGAGUUCGCGGCGCGUCUCAAAAUGGAGCGUCACACGACUGCCGCCGAGCGGCGCGCUCGCAUCGACACCAUCAUGAUCAACCUGGGCCUGAAGAAGUCGGAGCACACCCGAAUCGGAGUUCCCGGCCAGAAAAAGAGCCUCUCCGGCGGCGAGCGCAAGAGGCUGGCCUUCGCCGCAGAGAUCCUCACGGAUCCGCCGCUGCUGUUCUGCGACGAGCCCACCACCGGUCUGGACUCGUACAACGCCGAGAGGAUCGUCUCCAUGCUCAAGGAGAUGGCCUACCACGGCAAGACGAUCCUGUGCACCAUCCACCAGCCGAGCUCGGGACUGUUCGCCAUGUUCGACCAGCUCAUGUUCCUUUCCGAGGGCCGGCUGGCCUACAUGGGCUCCGCCACCAACGCCGCAGAAUUCUUCACCAGCCUGAACCUGAUUUGCCCGGCCACCUACAACGCGGCCGACUUCUACAUCCACUGCUUGGCCGUGGCGCCCGGCAGAGAGGCGCAGAGUCGCGAGCGCAUCAAGGCGAUCUGCGACAACUUCAGCGUCUCUUCGCACGCCAAGGACAUGGCCGUGACGGCCCAGUACCACGAGGCGGCCGCACUGGCGCACACUCAGGCCAGACGGUAUGAGUGCCGAGAGCUCACCAGGAGUGCAGUGAGACGCGCCUCGUGGUUCGUUCAGCUCUACUGGCUCACAUGGCGGGCCUUCAUCGACAGCAUGCGCAACCCGGCCAUCCACUGGAUACGCAUCCUACAAAAGAUGGGAAUCGGUCUGAUGGUGGGCCUGUGCUACUCGAACCUGCAGUACGACCAGCUGGGAGCGCAGAACCUGCAGGGCCUCAUGUUCAUCCUGGUCACCGAGAACACGUUCCCGGCCAUGUACGGCGUGCUUUCGCUCUUCCCUCAGGAGUUGCCGCUGUUCCUGAGAGAAAACAAGAGUGAGAUGUACAGCGCUCCACUCUUUUACUUCAGCAAGGUGAUGGCUUUGGUGCCCGGCUUCAUCCUGGACCCGGUGAUCUUCAUCAGCAUGAUGUACAUCCUGACCAGUCUGCGCAGUGACCUGCCCUCCGUGCUGAUGAUGUACCUCAUCGGCGUGUUCACGUGCAACACGGCCGCCGCCUGCGGCUGCUUUUUCUCUGCGGCCUUCCAGAACAUGUCACAGGCAAUGGCGGUGCUGAUUCCGUUCGACUACCUCCUCAUGAUCACCGGAGGCAUCUUCAUCAACCUCAGUACACUGCCGAAACUGCUGACGUGGACCAAGUCGCUGUCGUGGUUUAUGUACGCCAACGAAGCCUUCUCCAUCAUCCAGUGGUCAGGGAUAGAGAACAUUCCGUGUGAGAACUUAUCAAACUCAUCGAGGUGCCUGAAGAACGGCGAGGAGGUACUGAAUAAGUACAGCUUCCACUCGGGCGACCUGGCGAUCGACUUCAACGGGUUCAUCCUACUCUUCACAUGCUUCCACAUACUGGGCGCCGUGGCGCUGUGGCUGCGUAGUCGCCGACAGUGAACCUAGACCCUUAAACGGCGCCGGUGACCGUCCUAUAUGACCGGGCACCUGUCCGACGGGAAGGAGGGCCGACUAAACAGUCAAUGACGGAGACGGGGAGGAUGACUGAGAAACACUGGUGAUUAGGAUUAGAGAUGUGACGUUUGCAGUCGUCUGAUGCGCCUCACAGAGCGAUCGUUUAUGACAGUUGGCAGGGAGGGACGUUGCCCGUCCGAUAUCGGUACGGGGAUCACUGCUGGUCGGUGGUUACAUAUCACACCCAUAUGGUGAUAGCACGGCGGACGGGCGGCUGAUGCUUCAGCUCAGUGUGAGCUGAGUGGGGGCGGAAUGCGUGGAAACGGGAGGGGUUUGCGGUAUUUGCUUCAUAUUCCCUCUGGUUGACCCCAGCUGCAUGUUGUUAAGUGCUUUUGUCUAUGAUCGUGUUUUGCAUACAUACUUUUUACAAAUAAAGUAUUAGGUACUGUGUACAAACUGCUUGGUGCUGGAUUCAAUAUAGCCAGUGCCAUGUCAAUAUUUGGGUGCAUAUGCUGAUGUACGCUGAUGAUACAGCAUAACUGCCUAUUAGUUUGUCAUUUUUAGGCAUGAUUGGUGUACUUUCACUAACAUGCCUUGAGCAAACGUGUCCUCAACUAUCAAUAAACAGACGUACGCGAUCGA